AUAAUCGGUGUGAAGUGAUUGCACCUGACGCCUGAUGGUGACUGAGUUAUCAGAUCUCUGGCUUCAGGUUCACAGCUUCUCUCUGUUUUUUUUUAAUCAUGUGGUUUCUGGUUUUCAUCUGCGUUUCAACAGUUGGUGGUGCGCCCUUAAAUCAAUCCCAGGAUGCUGCUACUCCUACCACAGGUAAUGUUACUGUCACUUCUGUGCUUGAUGUGCCACAGACGGCCUCUACAGAAUCUCCAACAGGUCCUUUAAACGACACCCACAAUGCAACAAGUCCUACUCCAGGUGUGACUGUUUCUGUCUUCCUCGAUCCACCACAGAGAGCCAGUGCAGAAACAUUAGAAGAGCUUCAAGACGACAUGAUUGUCCAAGAGGGAGACAUUUUGAUUCCGGAGGACAGGAACGCUGUACAGACUCUGUGGGCGGGUGCGGUCGUACCGUUCACCAUCAGUGAUGACCUGGCUGAUCGAGCGUCAAACAUCUACGCCGCCUUUAAAAUGAUAUCAGACUUCACGUGUAUUCGCUUCCAAAGACACACCACGGAGCUGAACUACCUGAAGUUCCUGAACGGCCGAGGCUGUGCGUCGUUUGUCGGCUGUCGAGGAGGAGCCCAGGCCGUGUAUUUCAGUCGGUCGUGUAGCGUUGGGAACCUUUGCCAUGAGAUUAUCCACGCUCUGGGACUGCACCAUGAACACACCCGCAAGGACCGGGAUCAGUACAUCACUGUGCAGUGGCAGAGCAUCAUGCCGGGGAGACAAAAGAAUUUCAAGGUGAAAAGUGGAAACACUCUGAACCUGCCGUACGACCUGAACUCCAUAAUGCAUUAUGGACAGUUUUUUUUCAGUGCGGAUGGAAGUCCGACUGUGUUGUCCAAGCAGAGCGGAGGACAGAUGGGUCAGAGGACACAUCUCAGCCCGCUGGACGUACAGAGGCUGAACAGACUCUACCACUGUGAUGAAUGAAUGGGAUGAGCAGGAGCAGGCUUACUGCAGGUUUACCUGCAUUUGCCACGAGAUUUAAUAAAAUGAUUUAAAACGUC